AUGGACGCAGGCCCUGUGGACGCAGGCCCCGUGGACACAGGCCCUGUGGACACAGGCCCCGUGGAUGCAGGCCCUGUGGACGCAGGGCCCGUGGACUCAGGCCCCGUGGAUGCAGGGCCCAUGGACGCAGGCCCCAUGGACGCAGGUCCCGUGGACGCAGGCCCCGUGGACGCAGGCCCUGUGGACGCAGGGCCCGUGGAUGCAGGCCCCGUGGACACAGGCCCGGUGGACACAGGGCCCCGUGGACGCAGGCCCCGUGGACGCAGGGCCCGUGGACUCAGGCCCCAUGGACGCAGGGCCCAGUGGACGCAGGCCCUGUGGAUGCAGGGCCUGUGGACGCAGGGCCUGUGGAUGCAGGCCCUCCUGUUUUCAAGGACACCACACCAGGAGGCACACUGGCCCAGGGUCCUCGAGGGAGGGGCAUUCACACUGAGACACGCUGGGCCUGUGCACGCCCGCCCGGAUCACCGCAUCCUCUAUGCCGUUGUGGGAGGCAGUGUCGUUUCCCCUGAAGUGCUGUUGUGCAACCACUGGGGAGUCACUAAGGUGAAGCUGGCAGGUUCAAGCAGCCGCAGUGCGAGCCACACAGAUAGCGUCCGACACUGGGAGCAGCCUCGGCCCGAGGGUCAGCGUGGACAGUGGGACAAAGCCCCAGGCUACGCCAGCUGCACGGCGCGGCUCCGUCUCAUUCGCUGGACACUCAACGACUCCCCGAAGGCCACCGUGGUGGCUGUCAGACCAGGACCAGACCCCGCGGCUCCCGGCCCCGGCCCCGGCCCACGGAUCAUCUUCGGCCUCGCCCACUGGCUUACCAAAGCACCGCCCGCCAAACGGCAGCUGGCGGCUGACUGGGCCGUCCUGGUGCGGUUGGAAGGCUGUAGCCACCCGGUUGUCAUGAAAGGCUUGUGUGCCGAGUGUGGCCAAGACCUGACCCAGUAAGUCCUGGCAGCUUGCGGGUGGAAGGCGGCGCCUCUCCGCGUUGGAGGUGGCACGGGGAUGUACUUACCGACUUUCCUUUCUAUUUCGCUUCAGCAAGCCAAGGAGCUGGGAAGGCAAGACCAGCAGCGGCUACAUCGAAACAGAAAGCUGGUGCUCAUGGUCGACCUGGACCAGACGCUGAUCCACACGACAGAACAGCAUUGCCAGCAGAUGUCAAACAAAGGUAUCUUUCACUUCCAGCUGGGCCGCGGCGAGCCGAUGCUGCACACGCGUGUGCGUCCGCACUGCAGGGAGUUCCUGGAGAAGAUCGCCAGGCUGUACGAGCUACAUGUCUUCACGUUUGGGAGCCGGCUGUACGCUCACACCAUCGCAGGCUUUUUAGACCCUGAGAAGAAGCUUUUUUCUCAUCGAAUAUUAUCGAGGGAUGAAUGUAUUGACCCAUUUUCUAAAACAGGAAACCUUAGAAAUCUCUUUCCCUGUGGAGACUCGAUGGUGUGCAUUAUUGAUGACCGGGAAGAUGUCUGGAAGUUUGCCCCCAACCUGAUAACCGUGAAGAAAUACGUCUACUUCCAGGGCACAGGGGACAUCAAUGCUCCCUCUGGGUCACGGGAGUCCCAGGCGAGGAGGAGAGUGACUCAGUCUUCUAAAGCUGCCGACGUCGCGGAACACGCUCCGUCCGUCAGGGAGACCGAGGAGGGACGGCAAGUCCCUGGGGUCGAGCAAAGUAACGGCCUUGGGAAGCCCACGAGGGAGCUCAACGGGGGUGUCUCCCCACGGGGGGGCUGGCCCCUGCCUGGGCAGGAGGAGGACAGAGGCGCCCGGCCCGCCACCCAUGGCCCCUUGGCUGAUGGCAGGGGACCCCCAGCAUGUGCCCAGCCGCACGGUCGGACAUCGCCGGAAAAGCGGCCCGCUCAGGGCACGGCAGGCGGUGAUCUGGACUUUGACCUUUCCAGUGACAGCGAGUCGGACGCCCAGUCGUCCUCUGAAGGCGAAAGUGGGGAGAGGAAGGGCCUGGAAAGGCCUCAGGGCUCACGAGAUGCAGGGAAAGUGGUGCAGCGGGGAGGCCCUCCCGGUCCGGGAGGGGAGAGGCCUGCGGGAGCCAGUCCGUGUGGAGAGUCUGCCCCGGGCGAGCAUCUGGAUGUGCAGGACGAGGACGAGCGGGACGGCCUCUGCGGGCUGGGAGGGGGCUCUGCGGACAGGAAGGAGGCCGAGACCGAGUCUCAGAACAGCGAGCAGUCAGGCAUCACGGCGGGUGAGUCCCUGGACCAGAGUGUGGAGGAGGAGGAGGAGGAGGAGGAGGACACGGAUGAGGACGACCACCUGGUCUACCUGGAGGAGAUCCUCGCUCGGGUGCACUCUGAUUACUACGCCAAGUACGACCGCUACCUCCGCGGGGACAGCCAGGAACCCCCCGACAUACGCAAGAUCGUCCCUGAGCUCAAGAGCAGGGUGCUGGCAGACGUGGCCAUAAUAUUUAGCGGGCUGCACCCCACAAACUUCCCCAUCGAGAAGACGCGGGAGCAUUACCACGCCACAGCCCUUGGAGCCAAGAUCCUCACUCAGCUGGUGCUUGACCCCGACGACCCCGACAGGGCCACCCACCUGAUCGCUGCGAGGGCAGGCACAGAGAAGGUGCGCCAGGCCCAGGAAUGCGGGCAGCUGCACGUGGUCAACCCCGACUGGCUGUGGAGCUGCCUGGAGCGCUGGGACAGAGUGGAGGAGCAGCUGUUCCCGCUCAGGGCCGACUACGGCCGGGCCCAGAGGGAGGACGGCCCCGCAGCCUUUCCCGACAGGCAGGGUGCACUUCCGACCGCCUUGUUCCACCCGACGCCCGUCCACCCCAGGGCCCAGUCUGGGCCGGAAGUUCGCAUCUACGAUGCCAACACGGGCAAGCUCAUCCGGAAAGGUGCUGUGGGCCCCGGGCCCCCCAGCUCCCUGGCGGUCCACACGGAACACUCCUCCUUCAGAUUGGACCCGUGCCCAGAUGUCGGCCCACCUCCCCAGCCCGACCCCAUGGUGGUGGCGGAGGAGCCAGCUCUGGGCACCCCCUGGUGCCUCGCAGAUGGAACCGUGGGCUGCGGGGCCCCUGCCCGCUGCCCCUUCGAGGCUCUGGGCCCCCUGAACCUGUGUGUCCAGGGCUGCAAGAAGGAGGGCCCCGAGAUCGGGUCCCCACUCCUGGUGGGCUGGGCCGCCCACCUUUCCAGGCGUCUGUUCUCCCACACCGUCCCCCUCAGCUGCCUUAGGUCUCCUCAGCUCCUCGUGGGCCUGCGUCUUCGGGUGGAUGACAUCCUAGGAGAGGGCAGUGAUGACAGCGACAGCGAGAAGAGGAGGCCGGAGGAGGAGGGGCCGCAGGAGCGGCCACUGCCCCGGGAGCCCCGGGCCACGCUCGAGGCCACAGCAUCCAGCGAGAGGAGCACAGCAGACAGCCGGGGGCCCAGGGGCCACAAGCGGAAGCUGCCCGAGGAGGACACCGGCAGCGCGUCCAGCGGGGAGUCCAGCGGGGAGGACGAGGAGGGCAGCAGCUCGGAGGCGGACGAGAUGGCCGCGGCACUGGAGGCAGAGCUCAAUGACCUCAUGUGA